CUACAUGCAAGUAGAUUGUAGUGUUGAAAAUGGCAAGUGGAAAUGAUCAUCCUGUGGAGGGAAAUGGUUAUGGCUGCUGCGAAUGCCAGCGGUGGGAAUGGAUGAAGGGAUUGCCCAUAAGGAUAGGAGAGAAGCCAGUGGCUGUUGGAAAGAAAAUGAAGAAACUUGGUCAAGAUGAUCCCAGAAGGAUUAUUCAUUCGGUGAAAGUGGGAGUGGCCAUCACCUUGGUGUCAUUGCUGUACUACUUUGAACCUCUCUUUGCUGGCUUUGGUGCGUCUGCAAUGUGGGCUGUUCUAACUGUCGUGGUGGUCUUCGAGUUCUAUGUAGGAGCAACACUUGGAAAAGGGUUAAACAGGGGAUUGGCAACACUUGUGGCUGGUGCUCUAGGUGUUUUUGCACAUGAAUUGGCUAGUCUUUCUGGAAAGAGUUGCAAGCCUGUACUCCUUGGCUUAUUUGUCUUUCUGCUAGCUGCUUCAGUAACAUUUCUAAGAUUCUAUCCUAGACUGAAGGCAAGAUAUGACUAUGGGCUGUUGGUGUUUAUAUUGACAUUCAGUAUGAUAUCUGUAUCUGGGUAUCGUGACGAGGAAGUACUUGGAAUGGCCCAUCAGAGGUUGUCAACUAUCCUCAUCGGUGGUGCUACUGCUGUGAUUGUAUGCAUACUAAUUUGCCCAGUAUGGGCUGGUAAUGAUUUACACAAUUCAGUGGCCAGCAACUUGGAAAAGCUUGGGAGCUUCUUAGAAGGUUACGGAGUGGAAUGCUUCAAAGUUCCUACAGAUGGGGACACUGUGGAUCAGAAGACAGCUUUCCAGGAAUAUAAAAGUGUAUUGAAUUCAAAAAACACUGAAGAAUCAUUAGUUAAUUUUGCAAAAUGGGAACCUCCUCAUGGUAAGUUCAGGUUCCGUCAUCCUUGGAAGCAAUAUUUGAAAAUUGGAACCCUAACUCGACAAUGUGCCUACCGCAUUGAAGCUCUAACCGGCUACCUUAAUGCUGAGUUCCAAGCACCGCUAGAGAUUCAAAGAAAAAUUCAGGAGUCAUGCACAGAGAUGAGUUCAGAAUCUGGAAAGGUUUUGAAGGAAUUAGCAUCAGCAAUCAAAACAAUGACUCAGCCAUCCUGCACAAAUCCACAUAUUGCAAACUCAAGAACUGCAGCUAAAACCCUAAAAUCCUCACUCAAAACAAGCCUAUAUGUAUGGGAAGACACCAAUAUUCUGGAGCUUAUACCCAUGGCAACUGUAGCCUCCCUGCUGAUUGACAUAGUCUCAUGCACAGAGAAAAUUAGCGAGGCUGUUCAUGAGCUAGCCUCCCAUGCACAUUUCAAGACAGCAGAUCCUCCGACAGAGACAAAUUCCGGCAUGGAUGGAAUUCAUCAUGUUAUUAAGAUUGAUGGCUCAUCUACAUGUAUAGAGUAAUGUGGGACUCCACGAAAGGAUCAGCACAGGAAUGUGAAAUCACUCUCAAUUCACUGCAGAGUCUAUCUGAUGCAUUGAGAAUGUUUCUAUAUAGUUGUAGCUCUGUCCUCGUGUUGAGUACAAUACAAUACUUGAAAUCAUCUCUUGGAUGAUGAAAGCUCUGCUAACCUGAGCGAUGCAAAGGUCUUUGUUUGCAGUCUGAGGCUUUCAGUAGUAUCUCUUAAUGCCAAUUUUAAAUAGGAUCAGUAUAGAACUAUAGAGAGCAGUUGAUAGCCGCAAGAAAGAAGCAAUGAAGAUGCUUACUGUGUUUUAGAUGGCGAGGAGAUGGUUUUGAUCCGAUUAUCAAGGGGAUGGAUAACAAAAUCCUAUUGGAAAUAGGUAAAGAUCUGAUUACAGUUGA